AUGGCGAAAUUAAUGCUGUUCGUCUUCGUAACGUUGUUAGCUGUUUCUUGUAUCAUGGCAACUGAAAGGUGCGGUCGACAUGGUGACCCUUGCGUCUCCGACUCGAACUGUUGCGCCAAUAUAAAGUGUCACCGUUACGCGAAUAGAUGUCAAGUCCAAAUUACCGAAGAGGAACUGAUGGCGCAGCGAGAAAAGAUAUUGGGUCGGAGGGGUAAAGAUUAUUAGAACGGAGUAACUUCCGGAUCCCGCUGCAUUACAAUGAGCUGAAUAUGCAACAACCUUUUUUAAUUCAGCAUGACGGGAACUUAGGUCUCUCUAGCCUAAAGACUGCGUUUUAAGAAAUUAGGCGUCACACAUGUACAAUGUUUUGCGCAAUGAUCUGAAAACUGAUAUAACGUGUAUGUAUUGAGUGUAAGAAUAAGUGGUGUGAUAUCUGUCGACAGAAAGGAAGAAUAAAUAGAAUCCGGACUACUUCUUAUCUAAA